CGGUUUACUUCAAUUAACGAGAGUCAUGGCCAUUGUAACAAUCAUCGAGGAGAGUGUAACUGCAGUCCCACCAACAAGGGCAUUCAACGCCAUGGUCCUUCAUGCUGACACUUUGCUCCCAAAACUAAUGCCGCAAGCCAUCAAGAGUAUUGAAAUCGUUGAAGGAGAUGGGAAAGUGGGAAGCAUCAAGCAAAUCAAUUUUGUCGAAGGUGUUCCCAUGAAAUCUUUGAAGCAUAGGAUUGAUGAAAUUGAUGAAGAAACAUACAAGUACUCAUACACGUUGAUAGAGGGCGAUGUUUUGGCAGGAAAACUAGAAAAAGUCUCGUAUGAACUUCAGAUUGUGGCAGGUUCAAAUGGCGGUUCGAUUAUCAAAUCAACCAAUAAGUACUACCCAUUAGUCGAUGUGGUGAUUAGCGAGGAGGAGAUUAGAGAAGGUAAAGAGAAAGCUGGGGCAGCAUUCAAGGUGGUUGAGGAUUAUCUUAUUCAAAACCCCGAUGCAUAUAUUUAGUUGUCGAUGAAUCAAAAACUCGACGUUCGAUUUCUACUUUAGUUGUGUGCA